AUGAGAGGCACCCAGGCAGAAGAGGCGGGGGAACAUGUGCGCAGUGCCAGGAGGGACUCCAUCAACCUCGACACGCCGCGCGUGGGUCGACCAGACUUCGCCGGGACCUCGGCGUUAGUCAACCGCGCGAUCGAGAAGCCUCAUGGCGGCCUGCGCGCGCAGGCGGUCCAGAACAGCCGACUCGUCGCGCCCCGCGAGGAUGAGCUGCAGGGCUUCAGUGAAGCCAUCGACCACACCCGCGAUGCAGUCGUGCUUAGCGGUGAGCUCUCCGCCGCCGGGCAGGCCCUGUCCGAGCGCCGCGGGCUGCGGCUGCGCGUCCCGGACUGGCUGCCCUUCGCCGCCGAUCGGGGAUGCGCCCGAGAGCCCCGCCUGGAGCUCUGCUGCCUGCUGGCGCAGGCGGGGCCCAGCGCGCGCGACGACGGCGUCCACUGCGCGGCCACCCUCAGGAUAGUCGAGCACCCCGGCCACUACAUGAACCAUGAGGCCUCGAACCUGCUGGACCCGCAGUCCGUGGACUACUGGGCAUCGCUGCACAGGCAGGUGCGGGACCAGGCCUUCGUGUUUGAAGUGGACCACGAGCAGGUGUUGGGGCGCGUGGAGUGGAAGGACCGGGGCGACCGCAUGGGGGCGGCGCGGCUCUCGCUGGAGGCGCAGGUCGGCGAGGCCUGGCAGAAGCUCUCCACGUGGGACUCCGUGCAGACGCCUCGCUGGCAG